GAGACAGAGAGACAGAGGGAGAAUGGUGGUGAAUUCAGUUCACUGGUUUCGGAAGGGAUUGCGACUACAUGACAACCCGGCUCUGCAGGCAGCUGUGUCCGGGGCGGACACCGUCAGAUCUGUGUAUAUUUUGGACCCCUGGUUUGCCGGCUCUUCAAACGUCCGCAUCAACAAAUGGAGGUUUCUGCUUCAGUGUUUGGAGGAUCUGGACAUCAGUUUAAGAAAACUAAAGUCCAGGCUUUUUGUUGUGCGGGGUCAACCCACUGAUGUGUUUCCAAGAUUAUUUAAGGAAUGGAACGUGACCCGUCUAACCUUCGAAUAUGACUCCGAACCUUUUGGAAAGGAGAGAGAUGUUGCCAUCGUGAACCUCGCGAGGAAAGCCGGGGUGGAAACCAUUGUCCAUACCUCGCACACGCUGUACGACGUGAACCGAAUAAUUGAAGCAAAUGGCAAUAAACCUCCACUCACUUACAAACGUUUCCAAGCCAUCAUCAGUCGCCUUGAGUUGCCUAAGAGCCCAGUUGGCUCAGUGACACUGGAGCAAAUGGAAAAUUGCACGACAGAUGUCGAGGCCAACCACAGUGAGAAAUAUGGAAUCCCAUCACUGGACGAGCUUGGGUUUAAUACGAGUGAGCUCGGUCCUGCUACGUGGAACGGAGGUGAGAUUGAAGCUCUAGCACGGCUGAAUAAACACCUGGAGCGGAAGGCUUGGGUUGCAAACUACGAGAGACCGAAAUUAAAUGCAGACUCUUUGGUGUCAAGUCCAACGGGUUUAAGUCCAUACCUGCGAUUUGGGUGCUUAUCGUGUCGAUUGUUUUAUUAUAGGCUACAGGAGCUAUAUAAAACGGUAAAGAAGGGCGCCAUUCCACCCCUUUCUCUAUAUGGACAGCUAUUAUGGCGUGAAUUCUUCUACACCACAGCCACAAACAACCCAAAGUUUGACAGGAUGGAAGGCAACCCUAUUUGUGUCCAGAUCCCUUGGGACAAGAAUCCACAUGCUCUCACCAAAUGGGCAGACGGGCUGACAGGAUUCCCCUGGAUCGAUGCAAUCAUGAAACAACUCCGGAAAGAGGGUUGGAUUCACCAUUUAGCCAGGCACGCGGUGUCCUGCUUCCUUACCAGAGGGGACUUGUGGAUUAGCUGGGAGGAAGGCAUGAAGGUGUUUGAAGAACUGCUCCUCGAUGCUGACUUCAGUAUAAAUGCAGGGAGUUGGAUGUGGCUCUCUUGCAGUGCAUUCUUUCAGCAAUUCUUUCACUGCUACUGUCCUGUCGGCUUCGGGAAACGAACGGAUCCAAGUGGUGAUUACAUCAGACGGUACCUGCCAUUAUUGAAGGAAUAUCCUACAAAGUACAUCUAUGAGCCGUGGAACGCCCCUCUCGCAGUUCAGAAGGCAGCAAAGUGCAUCAUUGGCAUUGAUUACCCCAAACCGAUCGUCAAUCACGCAGAAGCAAGUCGAUUGAACAUUGAACGUAUGAAGCAGAUCUAUCAACAACUGUCUCACUACAAAGGACUGUGCUUGCUGCCUUCAGUCCCUUCCUGCACUGAUGAUUCUGCAUCAUUGGCUGUCAGAACACAUGUAGACUGUACAAAUACUGCUGCUUUAAAUUCAUCGUAUCACGUUCAAAGUCCCGUUGUGAUGGGGAAACGAGAGAAACCGGAAUGUUUUACCGAAGACGGAUGCAUAAUUGCAAAAAUCCCACGUCUUCAGUCCCCCGAGGGUAAUGGCAGGAUCGUGUAGAGCCAAUGGUUCCGGUCAAAGGGAAGUAAGAGAGCACGAUGAAUUCUGCUUGCAGUUUAAUACUGUACAAAACUGGACUUUCUGACAUCUCUUUUCUCAACGCUACACCAUGAUAUGCGUCCGUUAACCUGUGCGGAUGUUGCACCUUUAUUGGACUGUACAAUUAGCAUUGCUACAUUUCAGAAUCUCAGCUUCAUUUUUGGAAGUUGCUGUUGACAAACAUAGCCCUGGACACAAAUUAUUUUGUAGCUGACGUGACAUGCAUUAUUACCAAUUGUACAUUUAAUGUCUGAUUGCAAAGAAUUUAGCUGCAAAAUAUCUAUAUUUUAAAUACUGUAUUCGAAAAUGGAACUGGAGAAAUGUUCUUCAUCUCCAUCAUUCAAACAUGUCUUCUCUGUUUCACCUUCUCCCUCCCCCAUUAUCCUGAACACAUCCACCUCUCUCCAUACGUGAGGAGAUUGUUCUGUCUAGUUCUGCUUGAGGCUUUACUAAGUUCUAACAGCCCAAAACACAUACUUCUGACCAUCGAGGUUGAUGCCUGCAUUGUACAUGAGGAUUUUUUAAAAAGAAUAUAUACACAAUAAAGUAUCUCGUCUGUUUUUGA